AUGGUGAUGAAAGGAUUGUCAUGGGCAACGUUGAAAGCCAAUUAUUCAUUGGUACCAUUAUUUGGUGUGGUUGUUCUUGGUGGUGCAUUAGCUGCUGGUCAUGCAGUACGUAGUUUAAUGUAUUCGACAGAUGUCAAAGUUAAUCGUCGAAAUCCUGAACGCUCAUGGGACGCGGCUCUGAACGACGACGGUACAUAUAAACCACAAAAAUAUGUUCGUAUGCAUGAUUACAAAAAAUUGAAACGUAGCGAAUGGGAGCCAGAAUUAAAUAAUUAA